AUGUAUGUUCGUUUUACGAAAAUAGCGACAAAAACGACAACGGUUACCUUGGAGGAACAACAGCAACAGCCCCGGCAACUGAUUUCCUCAAGUAACGAUACAGCAGUUGCCGGUGGGUGUUUGGAUGCCACCACUACAAGUAUCGUCACCUCAUCAUCCAUAACACCCAUCGACCCACAACCAUUUUUCCACUUAUCAUUAUCUCCAAAGGACAAAUUCAAACUUGCCGUUGGUAACUCUGGCGAUGGUUUCUCGAAACGUCAGUCCCGUCGUACGGUGACGGUGUUGGAUGGUAGCUGUCGAGUGAACUCUGCAGAAAAUGAUCGCUAUCAACUAUCCAGACAAGAUGCUUCUGUUAGUCAUGCUCGACGAAGCCCGUUGGGAAGGUUGUUGAUUCUCUUCCAGAUUUUUAACCUUCCAGUAGCAGUUAUCAUAGCAGUCCGAUUGUUCUGA